GUACACUCUAAACACACACAGUUCUCAAAAGACGUCGCGAGUGAAGGAGUGUGAAUAAGUGAGUGAAUAAGUGAGUCAGUGAGUGAGUGUGUCAGUCAGUCAGUCAGUCAGUCAGUUAGUCAGUCAGACACUGGCGCCAGCCAGCAAUGUGCAAAUAAAUAUCACUUACACACAUAAACAAGAGGAGCAAGGAAGAAAGGAAGGUCUUAAGACAUGCUCACACAAUCGAGCAUCGACUGGCGCCGCAUUGCAUGUUAAAAAGGACUUAAAUCCACAGCCGGACUUCAAGUGCGCGUGCUUCACAAUGAGUUAUCAUAACAACAGCAGCAGCAGCAUCCCAGACAACAACAAUAACAACAACAACAACCACAACGAGGAGAAAAACAGAAGCUGCCAAAGCUAGUCGAGGGAAGCAGGAGAGAGAGAAAGAGGGAGAGAGAAGCGUCAAUCAAGCGAGUGCUCAAUGCGGGGCACAGAACACGACAGCAAAUCAAUUGAAUUCAAUCAAAUUGCCACAAGCAGCGCCAGCAAGUAGAGCGAGAGACAGAGAGAGUAAGAGAGAGAGAGAUACACAGACAGACAGGCAGGAAACGGAUACGACAAACCAACAACAACAACAACAACGAAGAGGAAGAAGCAGCAGCAAAUAGCCAAUAAAAGCGCCCGCAAGGCGGCACAUUAAUGUAGCUACAAAAUGGGCGCCAACUCGUCGAGCAGAUCCGACACAAGUCUGCUCCAGGAUGAUGACGUCAAUUUUGAUCACUUUCAAAUACUCCGAGCCAUUGGCAAGGGCAGCUUUGGCAAGGUGUGCAUUGUACAGAAGCGCGACAGCGGCACUUUGUAUGCCAUGAAAUAUGUGAGUCGCUCCGUUUGCGAGUCGCGAGGCGCCUUGGGCGGUGUGAUCAAGGAGGUGGAGUUGCUCUCCUCGUUGGAGCAUCCAUUUCUCGUCAAUUUAUGGUUCUCGUUUCAGGAUGAGGAGGAUUUAUUCAUGGUGUGCGACCUGUUGACGGGCGGUGAUUUAAGAUACCAUUUACAGAAUCGGGUGGAAUUCUCGGAGCAGAGUGUGGCCUUAUUAGUGUGCGAGCUGGGCAGUGCCCUGGAGUACCUUCAAACACAGCGUGUGAUCCACAGGGACAUCAAGCCAGAUAACAUUCUACUGGAUGAUACCGGACACGCUCAUUUGACUGAUUUUAAUAUUGCAACGAGGUUGCAGAAGGACUCGCUCGCCUGCAGCAUGUCGGGCACGAAGCCGUACAUGGCGCCAGAAGUGUUUAUGUGCGCUCUGGAAGAAGUUGCGGGUUAUAGCUAUCCAGUGGAUUGGUGGUCCCUCGGCGUUGUGGCCUACGAGAUGAGGUCCAACAACCGGCCAUUUGUGCUCCACUCGCACACUCCGCUGGUCGAGAUCAAGAACGUGCUAAACACCUCUGUGCACUAUCCUCACUAUUGGAGUCACAACUUUAUCGAUCUGCUGCAGAAGCUACUCUGUGUGCAUCCUGGCGCCAGGAUUAGCUCACAGCAGGAGCUGCAUCAGACACCGCUGUUGCGUCCCACAGACUUUCAAGUGGUGCUGGAGAAGCAGACGAAGCCGCUCUUCAAGCCACCCGAGGAUCAUCUCAACUGUGAUCCCUGCCUCGAGCUGGAGGAGAUGAUCGUCGAGACGCGACCGCUGCACAAGAAGAAAAAGCGCCUGGCCAAGCAGCGUUCAGCGCAGCGGGACAGCGAUCCAGAGACGACGCUCAUCAAGGAGUUCAUCGUCUACAAUCGCUUCAAGGAGCUGAAGCGCAAGGCCAUGGAGCAAAAGGAGAGCGACUGGCAGCGUGAACUUGAGCUGGCCAUGGCCAAUUCCAUAGUGAACAGUCUGGCGCCCAUUCAGGAGAAGCCCUCAACAUCGCUAGUCAGCGCUGUCACGCCCUCAUCCACGCCAACGCCCACUCCGACGCCUACGCCAACGCCCACGCCCUGCAUUAGGGGCACAACACAUCAACAACAACAGCAACAGCAAGCAAGAGAUAGUGAUAGUAUUGAAUUUAUAGAUCGCACACCUUCCCCGCAGACACAAAUGCAAUCGCAAGCAGUCACGCCCACGCCUCGAAGAUUCUGCUGCAAGGCGACGAGCACGAUCCGUGAAUAAAGCGAAACCCCAAAAAUAUCCAAAUUCAUAUUUCGAAUCGCACAAAUAGAGCGCAAUUUGCCAUUGCCACAGGUUUCACAGUCUCACCUCACCCGAAAGGCAGAACUACAAAAGAAGUAUACAAUAGAAAAUGCUAGCUUCGGCAUGUCGAAGAAUUAAUACCCUUGCAGAUCAGAGAUCAUAUUCUGUAGAUUCAAUUUGAUAGUUCAGUUUAAUACACCAUUCAAUAUGUACAGCUGUGAACACUGAAAUAGCAGUGCGACAGAAACAAAACUACAUAACAGUUCUUUUUUGCUUAUUCCUUUCUAUUAAUGAUGAUAUAAUGAUAUAAGAAACAAGCAAAAACCCGGUUAAAUAUUAAACGUACUGCUAUUUCAAUGUUCACAACUGCAGAUUCUUCUUUUCAUCCAACUCUGCAAGGAUAUUCGGUUUGAUAACAAUCUGAGAGAGCUACCGCAACCUUCAACAAGGAUAAAUCAAAUAUUUUUCGAGGCUUCGUAUGACACACCACAACAACAUUAAAAUGAAAACACGCUGAAUUGCACCUUUAUAUAUAUACACCGAUGAUAUGUAUAAAUAUUAUUUUAUAACUUUUCCAAACUGUAUAUAUAGUAUACAUAAAAACAUAUGUACGAGUAUUCUUUAUACAUGUACCUUUUUUAGAUGUUAGCUGAGAAAUCAAAAUAAAAGAUAAUUUCCCCAAUAACAAUUCGUUUUGUCAAUUAAUCAAUUCAAUUUGCAAAUAAUAAAAGCGUUGAAUUUCGAUUUUUUUGAAGUUUUUAUUUCAAGUUAUAUUUCAUUCAUGUUUCACAUAAGUUUUUUUUAAUGCUUUU